AGUGGGCGAGUUUUCUUCUGAAGGCAUUUUCCUCGCCUUUGUUAUAACGCCAUAAAAAACAUCCUCCACUUCCUCCUUCGUUCUUCUUUCUCUUGCGUCUCCUUUACCCCUUGCUCUCUUUCUCUUUGGAUAACUCUUACCGGGGUCUGUGAUGAUCGGAAACUAAUCGUCUUUUGAGUGAUGGGUUCUUGUGCUUCAGUCCGUAGAAAUACGGAGGCGGACAUGAAACUGGGGCUGUCAUUCGGGUCAAAGACUGAGAAUCUGAUGAUUCCACCAUCGCCUGUUAAGGAAAAGCACCAUGAUGACAACUUUCGGAUCGACGAUAUCAAGUCUCAGAGGUCGCCGACUCGGUCAACCACUGCCUUCAGAGACUAUGGUAGCAAAGAGGAAACAUUUUUUGACUCCAAGCCCUGCUUAGACUCUGACUGUGAAGACGAUUUCUACAGCGUUAAUGGUGACUUUACUCCAUCUCGUGGCAACACUCCAGUUCACCCAUUUGGAACCUCUAAUGUGAAUAAAUCUCCUUUUGAGAACAGAACUCCUGGUUCUACGCCUGGGCGACCUCCAUCUCGAAAGAAAAAGAACCUGUUGGAGCUUUUUCGAGAGAGUAUUAGAGAGGACCAUUAUCCUGAUGUAAACCACUUAAGUAACCAAAACAUGGGUAAUGAAAAGCAGGAAGCAAAGUUAAGUAUAAAUGACACUCUUUCAAAAUCUUCAGGAAGCACUCCUUACAUCUCAGGGACUAACUCUGUGUGUGCCAGUGAAAGAACCCCAAAUGGGGAUCCUGUGUCAACCAAAGAGAACUCAGUGAAAUCGAUGCAGGGUUGCCUUCCGAGCUUGGUUUCAUGCCGUAGCUUCAGGGAGAGGAAGAGGAGGAUGAGUCCUGCAGUAGUAGCCAAUGGAAAAAUUUGAAUCCUGUUGGAAUCUGAUGAAAAUAAAGUGUCUUACUCGCUGAAGGUUAGACUGUUUGAUAGUGUAUAUCUUAAGACAUAAGGGUAAAGAACCCAGACGAUAUGAGCUGACAUCUUGUAUAUCGUUAAGAGGGAAAGAUGCUCUAUGCCAAUAUUGCAAUAGGAUUUUGCUGUCAUAAUCAAUCAAAGUGGCUGUCUCUUGUUGGACUGUGUUUUUUAUAAUGAAAUUUAUUUGGUUGACAACCUGCAA